UCUUCAUCUAAAUGGAUCCAUACUGACAAUUUGGAUAUUUUGGAUAUUAAUGAACCACCUGAUUGAUUAAUUGAUUGACUGGUUUAUUGAUUACUUUUGGCUGCUGAUCAAAACCUGUGGAGUUACUUCUUCUUACAGGCUGUUUUAAUGAGCAACAGCUUCUGGACAAACUGUUGUUGGACUGGAAAGAUGUUGACCAUCUCAGUGCUCCUGCUGCCGUUGCUCCUCUCCUCUCCUCCCGUCUCCUCAUCUCCUCUGGCCAAGGAUCGGUCAGUGUGUGCCAGGACUUCCUGCGGUGCCGGUCGAGAGUGUGUAUCGACUGACAGAGGAGAACCCAUCUGUCGCUGUUUACAGCAGUGUGACGUGACGGAGAACUGGGUUUGUGGAAGCAACGACCGAUCCUACAGGAAUCACUGUGAGCUGCACAGAGACGCCUGCAUCACCAAGACCAAGAUACAUGUGGAGCACAGAGGACGCUGUCUGGAGAAACCAACAAAGACAGAUGUGAGCCCCAUGGUGUGCUUCCUGUCAGAUCGUGAUUGGCUGAGAGAGAGAGUGAUCCAGUGGAUUCAGGAGGAGGUUGAAUCUGACAACACUACCUCAAAUAUGACCUCAGCCAAUCAGCUCCUGCAAACAUACUUCAAGACGUACGAUAACGGGGAUUCAGAGCUCGAUUCCAAAGAGUUCCUGAGCUUCCUGAAGCACAAUGAGACGGCCCUGAACAUCACGUACUCUAAUACCCUAAAGACUAACACGCUGCUGAGGUCUCUGUGUGUCGAUGCUUUAAUCGAGCUGUCGGAUGAAAACGCAGACUGGAAGCUGAGUUUUACAGAGUUCAUCAACUGUUUGACCCCGACCUACCAUCCAUACGAGAGAAAGUGUGCUCUGGAGGAUGAGGUGUUCGAGGACGGAGCCGAAACUCGGAUGGAGUGUAACAAAUGUGUGUGCGCUUGUGGAAACUGGGUGUGCACCGCUCUGAGCUGCAAUGGAGAGCAUCAGGUAGAGGAGGACGUUAAAGAAGGAGCAGAAGAAGAAAUGACAGAAGAGGAGUGGAGCAGGAGAGUGGCUGAACUCAACGCGCUACAGGUGGACAGUCAACACUGAACUGCUGCGACAGAAAAAAUGUAAUCCAUCAUUCAUUAGUCUCCUUAAAUUACUCAUUACUCCGAGAGGAAAGAACAAUAAAAAUGUCCUUGUGUAAGUAAGUGAAUAAGUAAGUGAAUGCCCAUCACCAUGGAGACCUGAGGUCACACCCUCUGCACCUUUAACAGCCAAUCGGCAGCUGAGCUCCUGAUGAGAGGAACAACUCAUCACAAACAGUCUCAAGCUGACUUUUAUACUUUCAAAACAUCAUAUAUGAGGGUACAUUUUUCUAACGUGCUUUCUAUAAUUUAAUAAAUCAGUUUUUUUAUUGAUCAUUUGCUGCAGGUGAAGUUGUUUUACAUAUUCAGAGAUGCUGUCAACUUUGUAUGGCAUGUCACUGUUUUCUAUGUUUACAUGUAAUUCUGGCAGUUUUUAGGUAGUUUAAUUUGCUUGAUUUGCUUCUUUAUUUAAGAAAAAAGGCGCCAAAUACUGAUGAUUGAUUCUUAUUGAUUGAGUCUGCCAAAAUUGUUUUCAGAGGCUGAUAAAACAGUCAGGGGGUUGAUUCAUUUUUAAUUGUUUCAUUGUAAAUGAUAUACCUUAUUUUGUGUAUUCAGGUUGAGAAA